AUGAGCCGCACCAAACCAGAAGUCAAAGUCGACGAGAACCACCCGUUUGAUCUCGAGGCAUACAUCUCAUCGUACUCUGGCAAGAGCCGAGUGCGCCGUUUGCUGCAUAUUGCAUCCUGCUGCCCUUCGCUCUCAGCACAAGCCUAUCAGCUGGCAAUCCAGACCCUGCUCACUAUGCGCGACGCUCACGCGUACGUGCAUGCGGUCGCCGCGUAUAACCAGUUGCCGGGAGUGAUGCAGGUGGAUCAAGAUCAGGAAUGGAUAGACCGCGUGCGAGCAGAAAAUCAGAAUCAGCGUGAAAAGCUGGAGGUGGAGCUGCGAACGUAUCAAAGCAAUAUGAUCAAGGAAAGCAUCAGGAUGGGUCACCGAGAUUUAGGUGACUUUUUCCGAGCGAUCGGUGACUCGGCCCAGGCGAUGAAGCAUUACACCAAGUCAAGAGAAUUCAGCACAACAAGCCAACAUGUACUUGAGAUGUGUCUUUCGGUUCUUGAGCUGUUGAUGGAACAAGAAUCGUACAAUCAGCUGCAGAACUUCGUAUACAAAGCGGAGUCCGUCAUUGAUCCUGGGAUACAAAACCAAGACGCGAAAGGCGCCAAGAAGAAGCCGGCCGCACAGCCAGGACUUGAGGACUCUCCGAUCGUGCAGAGCAAACUACAAGUAGCCAACGCGCUUGGCUUCCUUGGGAGGGGCGGGUAUGAGCAAGCAGCAAGGGCUUUCUUACAAGCUGGGACGCAACUAGGAGAUUGGUCAAGUAUGAUAACUCCUGGUGAUAUGGCGGUGUAUGCAUCAUUGUGCUCACUGGCCACCUUAUCUCGAUCGGCAGUCAAAACGCUUGUUCUAGAAGACGAGAAAUUCUGUGUCUACCUCGAACAAGAACCGUACAUGCGCGACAUCCUUGAAGCAUAUAUGAACAGCAAAUUCAAGACUGUCCUAGAGCUUCUCGAGCGCCAUUCUGCCCGACAUCUGCUAGAUAUCCACCUGUGGCCCCAUGUUCAGCAUCUCACUACUCGCAUCCGCCGCCGCGCCAUUAUUCUUCAUUUCCAGCCGUACGCAAGUGUUCAGCUCAAUCGGAUGGCAGAGACUUUUGGAAUCCCCGUUGUCGAGCUCGAGAAGGAGGUCAUCGGCCUUAUUCAGGAUGGGGAAAUUGCAGCACGAGUCGACAGCACGGCGAAAGUGCUGCGGGCGAGGAACAAGGAUCAGAGGGCCGCAUUAUUCGCUCGUGCCCUGAAGGUUGGGGAGGAAGCCCAAGCUCAGAGCCAGAAGAUUCUCCUGAGGAUGAGGCUGUGA